AACGUCACUUUGACAUUUACCAACCCGGUGUUCAGGGCCGUAGCCCGUAACUUCCAAAAGUAAAAAUUAAAAAAUAAAUAGUUGAUUUGUUUACAAUUUUUUUUAUCUCUGAAUUCUGAUUGUGUAAGUGAAACUUGUGUCUCUAAAUAUUCAUAUUAAUAAAUUAAACCAUAAAGUUAUCACCAAAAAAUAUUGUACUUACAAGUCUUCCUUGACAUCGUAACAGCAAUGAGUUACAAAGAUCGAUGUCGGACGUGUUUGGGCCAUGAGAAGGAAAUGCGCCAUGUUCACACGACAAUAUCUAUAGCCGGAGAAAGUGUUCGACUAUCUGAUAUUCUACUUAACUUUUAUAACUAUACGGUACCAGAAGACAACACUCAACCUGACAAGAUCUGCAUCAACUGUGUCCACCAGCUCACCAUUACAUAUUCUUUUAAUAUUCUCGUACACUCCAGUGCCAAAAAACUGUCAGAAUUGAACAUAAUUGACUCCACAAGUGACGAUUUAGAUGUUGAUUAUGAGUCUGAUGAUAAUAAACCUAUAAAGCAAAUAAUAAAAUACAAAACUGCUAAGCCAUGUGAUAUAAAACUACAAAAUGAUUUUAUAUCAAUAUUCUGUGUAGAAUGCAAGUCAGAGUUCCAUUCUAUUAAGCAGCUAAAAGAACACUGUACCAAUAGUCAUGAAAUCAAAUGUACAAUAGGCAGAGACUGUGAUUAUUGUAAUGAGAAAUUUGAUGACUUUCGGUCUCUAGUGUUACAUAGAAAGUUACACAUAAAACCUUUUCUGUGCGAAAAUUGUUGGGAAGGAUUCUACAGUGUCUACGAACUGACCAUACAUUCCUGCCAACCUAGUAAAAAUAAGGUUAAAAAUACAACUGAAAGGGAGUUGAAACAGUGUGACCAAUGUGGGAAAUCUUACCCACCUGGUUAUAUCAAAAUUCACAUGAGAACACAUAGCAGCGACCGACCAUAUAGAUGCAAAUUCUGUCCCAAAGCAUUCAAAGUGCCCGGCAGUCUACAUUCACAUAUCUUAUGGAAUCAUAAAAGGACACGGAACCAUAAAUGUGAAGUCUGUAAUGCUACAUUUAUAUCAUCAAGUUCUAGAAGCUCACAUAUAAGGAAGAACCAUUUAAAAGAAAAGAAGUAUGGUUGCGAGAGUUGUAGCAAGAGGUUUUUUUCGAAAUCUGAAUUGCAAAGGCAUUGCUUAACGCAUACAGGCGUCAAAAACUUUCACUGUCACUUAUGUGAUAAGUCAUAUCAAACUAGGUAUGGAUUGAAUACACAUUUGAAGUCACAUACACAAAUUUCAAUGAAAAGUGAACAUGAACAUUUAAAUAAUUAUGUGAACAUAUAAAAUAGUCAACCAACUAUUAUGAAGUGUUAUCAACUGAGUUGGGCCAUAGUAUAGCCAAUUUAUAGGGCUACUGCAAACUUGUGGUAGUAAUGAAUUAGGUAUUUAAAAAAAAAAAUUUGGCCUACAGUUUGUGCGCUGUAGCAUGGUGCGGGUGAUAUUUCGUUUCACUUUUGAAAGUUGCCGCGAUUCACAAUAAUAGUUUGUAUUAUAAAUGUCAUACAGGCUACUGUUACCUGCACCAUGCUACAUCGCACAAACUGUAGGCCAAAUUAAUUUCACAAACUUCAGAGUAGGUCUGAGGUCAGUAAAUCAGUUGUAAAUAAAUAUUUAUAUCUUGCAA